AUGGACAUUUUCAUAGACCAAGAAAUAAAUACCAGUGAUGAAAAUGAGGCGGUGCUGCUAGAGGUUGAUGAUCUGUUCACUUUUAAGAACCCGCCCCCGCAAAGGACCACGGGGAAACAGAAGGGGCGACACGGCGGACAUCAGGGGGGAAAAAAGGACGCUACGAAAUGCGUACAAGAUGGCGACACGCAGGUUACAACUCCGCAUCGCGACAGAGGGGACAUCAUGGAUGAUCCGCAUGAAUGGUUAAUAAAAAAGGAACAAGUAACGGAGGACAAUUAUGAAGACGACCUGGAAGAUCACCUCACACACCAUGAGGAGGAAGGUGAUAUGCUCGAUGCAGACCGCGCAGACGAAAACACCAUCUCAGGAAAAAACAGAAGCAAAUAUAACCCAUCCUGCACCUACCCCCUCAUCACUUACAUGUAUGGAAGAGCAAAAAGUUACAUUCGAGACAUGGUGCAUAGAGUGGAAGACAAAUUGCAUGGACAUGUAAAGCGUGAUGAUGAUUUCUUCUACUACAAGAGUCACACAUCACUCGAUUUUAUACACGUCCUUGCUAACCGUCUGUACUACUCUAGGGGUACCAUGUACUUGUACUUCCUUGUGAUUGUCCUUAACCUUUUCAUUCUCUUCUACACCGCGUACACAAAGAUGGUCAGUCUGUUUGUGGUCCUGUGCGAACUGUUCGUUAUACUAAUGCUGCUGUUGGAGGUGUGUCUUCGCUUGGCCACGCAGGGUCGGAGCUACUUCCACAACCUCGAGGGGCUGUUCGAUGUGACGGUGACGACCAUGUGCUUCCUCCUGCUCAUCAGCAGCGGGGACCUGAAGAUCUUUUACCAUUCAGAGAUGGUCAAAACUAAGAACAAAGAAGUGGAGGAAAUAAUUUCACAGAGCCUCACCGUUUUGCGCUUCUCUUUUCAGCUCUUCCGGACGAUCACCCUGUUUAUGCACUACGAGCGAGUUAAGGCGCCAAGCGAGAACAUUGAUUUUGCGGUCCUAAAUCUGCCCCACGAGGAGGAAGAUGAUUAUGUCAUCUGA